UGCUUUUUCUAACCAUGAGACCAUGGAGCUGUCUACAAGCACCCCGAUCACCUGCCAGCCCUAAAUGGGACAUUUUAGAUUUAACCAUCCUGAGCUGACCCGAGCUAGCUCCACCAGCCUCCCUAAUUCAAAGUACAACCUCUCUGAGUCCUCUCCUUGCUUUGCUGCCUGAUUUGCCUCCCGGGUGCUCCAGGACAGGCUGUGUGAUGUAAAUCAACCUGCUCGAGGCUGGAUUUUUCUAGGGCUGAGAGGAUUUGGCACCUUUUAUUACUCACUUGUAAGGUGAGUCCCAGAAAUACCACAAACAAGCCCAGCAGGCUGGCUGAGGAGGGAAGGAUGUUCAUCAGCCAUGUGUGCUCUGUUCCUUGGAUAAAGAGCACGAAGUUAAAGCCUUUGCACUUCUGGGGCAGUGAGAAGAGCCUGGCAGCACUUCCCAAAGACCUGCUGCAUGUCUGAGCUUUGACGUCUUCUUCCAAAGGGUUUCUUCAGCUCAGCUUGCUGUUUGUAAGCAAAUCUGACAGCAAAGUCUCAUCUGACAGAGCAACAGGUGCAGUGAUCACGACAGUCAGCACAUCCACCAACCCAGGCAGGCACAGGGAUGUGUUCCCAGCUCUUCUGGAAGGACCAGAUGUGCCUCAUUGCACUCCAUGAGGCAGGUGGGAGAAAUUCAGGGGCACACAACACUUGCUAAAAAGCAUCAUCCGUGCAAGACCUAAACUACAGGUCCAAUUCCAUUUCUCUUCAACCCUGCAGAGGCAAACAGGCUCAGAGGAGCUCGGGGACAGGUUGUGGUUUUAGGCUGCUGUAAAGCACACGAGAAGAGCACCCUGAUUUCUCUAGUCCUGCAGGAAGGGGCAAACCCUCUCAGACGGCUGUGCGGCCAGGAGAGAGGCUCCAAGGCUGCCUGAUGAGGGCAGAGCUCCCAGCUGCGAUGGGCUCUGCUCCCUGACAAGCCCCACGUGGCCCCGGUGCUGUCCCUGGGGAUUAAAAGGAGGACCGGAGCAAGGUUUGGGGAUUUAUAUCGGCUGUGCCCAUGGAGGGCGAGUCCCCGCUGGAGCAGUACCUAGACAGCUAUAGCGGGCAGGAUGACUUCUCCACUAGUCCUCAUCUGUUCACUCCUAUGAACCUUUAUGAUUUAGAACUUCCAAUUCAAACAGCUGAAGAUGGGGUGUUCGCUUCCCAGUUCAGUCAUUCCAAGGAGCUCUGUACAGACUUCUCCUCCGUGGAUCUCAGCUUUCUCCCAGAUGUUACCCAAGACAACAAAGAACAAAACCUCUCUGAGGAUGGUCACAAAACGCAAAAAGAGCUUGAUGGGUCACCAACAAGUAAUGAGGACAGUGGUGUUUUCAUGGAUGAAAGCAGCUUGUCACAUCCAGGCGCAGCUCAGCCAUCUCCUGAGGCACCUGGUGUGUGUCCUCCCAUGACUCCGAUGACCCCAGCGAUAUCUCCCUCAGAAAGUUCUGGAAUAGUCCCUCAGCUACAGAAUAUCGUGUCAACUGUAAACUUGGCUUGUAAACUGGAUCUGAAGAACAUAGCUCUGCAUGCCAGAAAUGCAGAGUACAACCCAAAGGUAAAUCUUGGACUCAAAGCUUUACCCUCACUUCCACGAACAACAGCCCUCAUCUUCAGUUCAGGAAAAAUGGUCUGCACAGGAGCAAAGAGUGAAGAGCAGUCAAGGCUGGCAGCCAGGAAAUACGCACGGGUGGUGCAGAAGCUCGGCUUCCCUGCCAAGUUCUUGGACUUCAAGAUCCAGAAUAUGGUGGGGAGCUGUGAUGUGAGGUUCCCCAUCCGGCUGGAAGGCUUGGUUCUCACCCACCAGCAGUUCAGCAGCUAUGAACCUGAACUAUUCCCUGGCCUGGUUUACAGGAUGGUCAAACCAAGGAUAGUGCUGCUUAUCUUUGUGUCUGGAAAAGUUGUACUGACUGGAGCAAAAGACCGUUCUGAACUCUAUGAAGCAUUUGAGAACAUCUACCCCAUUUUAAGAGGUUUCAGGAAACCAUCGUGACACGGCUCACAGAACAAUCCAGAACAACACCUGGGUUUGUGCUGCUGUGCAUGGAACAGAAGCCAAGAGGAUUCCUGGACCCAUUUGUUGUGGAUUAUUAAGCAAAUUAUUCAUUUCUGAAUGCCACAUAUGCUGAUGCCUUUCUAUAGCUUGUGAAAUGUUCUUUUCUUUCAGAUUAUCUGUCUGUAAUCCACCUGAGUUUGGACAACUCUUGUCAAGUUACAGCACUUGAUAAGUGAACACACUUUUAAUAGAAUGUAUAUUAAGGUAGCACUUUAAAAUAUUUUGUAAUAGGAGCCAUGUGCCUCUCUCCUGUUGAACAGGUGAAUCCACACUGCACUUCAUGUGCAGUGAAAAUCCUCAACUUUAAGUGUCCUGAAAUGCUUCUGCAGUGUUGUAGCUUCAUGUUUUUAAGCUCAACAUAUAUUAUUGUCUAUAACAUGGCUUACAAAAUCCUCCAUGAGUUAAUUUUGGUGUUCAGAAGACAUGUACUGAAUCACUCUGAUCCCACUGGCUGGGUAAACUCCUUGUGUGUGAUAGUGCAGGAUUUUCCUUCACAGAGAAGAUAUUGCAGCUCCUGACUGCUGGAAUAUACCUAGAAAAAUCUGUAGGUGGAGGGUAACUAAUUAAAUUAUCUAAUUUGAGACGGGACCAGUUAGAUUUUAACUAAAUGGUAUCCACUUGUAUUACUGAAAUACCCUUAGAUCAUGUGAGUUUGGCGCAGACAAAACCACGCUGGUUUGGAACUUUGUUAAAAAUAGAUUUGAGGAAAAUAUGCAAAGUCUUGGAUACUCAUGACUUAAUUAUCUGUAUUAUUUAAGCAGAAUUCAGCCAAUGGCAGUACAUUUGGUAAUUUUUGAGCAAAAACAAUGGGGCUUCCUGUAUUUGGUUUGAACUCAAGCCUUUCUUUUCAGAAGGUGUCUUGCUCAGAGUGGUUCUGGGAGCAGGAACAGUGCAAAGCCGAUCCCACGGCUGUUCUGGAAAGCCCCUGGAAGCAAGCCAGAACAGUCUGUGUUGUGUUCUUCCCUCCUGAAGGUGUGGUACCUGUCUGGAAACACCACUAGAGGCUGCUCUUAGAUGACUUAAGUGUAACCCAGGCCAAAAUCCUCCUCUGUUCUUACUGGAAAUACUCGGGAUGGGCUAUGGCUCAACUCAAAACAGGGUCUUGCUGGGCUUAAUUACUGCCACAAAAGUUUAUUUCUGAUUCGGCGAGGGUGUGACUUCAUCGUUGGUAUCUGUUAUGUGUCUCUCACAAGUGUUUUUAUAUCUAUCUCCCUGCUUCUCUGGAAAAGAGUUAGAAAAACUUUGUGCACUUCCUCAUGAUAAGCUGGUCUUAGCUGUUAUCGGUUUCUCUGUCAAACUGUGGAUUUCCACACUCAAGUCAAUUGUAAACACAGGCUUACUUUUCUAUUUGCUUUCUAACACUGGAAACUUUCCAUAGCCAUGGGCUGGACUUUUAUUUGUGCCGUAGCUGUAGGAGCAGCUGAUGAGCUUUAGUUACAAAAGAUUACUGUAAGUGAAAACACCUGGUUUUAUUGAGGUGUUGGUGGGGGAAAAAGGUUUAUCUAAGAUGAGCCCUCUUCAAGAAAUCACAUUUUGGUUAAGAGCUUGCCACACGAUUUCAGUGGUAAAAUUAGUGCUGUUUAGAAGCACGGAUAAAGCCUUUGAGAUAAGAAAUGGGCUCUGUGCCUUUUCACUGAUUAACUUCAUGUUUGCUAUGGUAACUCUUGUCUUAAAAACAACAAUCUUGAUUGUACCUCUACAGUGCUUAGUGUUUGAUAACACUGGGAUGGGGAGAAAUAUAGGCUGGGAAUUGUUCUUUAAAAAAAAAAAAAAAAGUUGGACAAUGUUUUGUUGCAGUUGCAUUUCUUUUGGGAAGGGGGAUAUGGGGAUAUUG